CUCCUUGGCUGUUUUACUCAUAACAUUUCAUUUCUCAGAACAGAACGAAGUGCUACCUUCCUUUGGUUGAAUUGAAAUUCAGAGAGAAAGUUUUUGAUUUCAGGUAGCUGAAGGUGGUAGUUAUGGAUCUGUUAAGUGGAGGUGCUGUUGGAGCUGUGAUGGGAGAGAUGCUGAAAGCGGCUCUUGAAGCCAUCAAGAAGGGUCGAGAGUUCGGACCCACCCUUGAAAGCAACAUAGAAACGUUGAACUCUCUGACUCCACUCGUGGAAGAGAUGAAACAAUACAGCAAGUUGUUGGAUCACCCCAUAGAAGAGAUAGUAAAGCUUGAAACUCAAAUACGAGCUGGUGAAGAGCUUGUUCAGAAGUGUUCCAAAUUGAGUCGCUGGAGAUUUCUUUCCUUCCCCCAUAACCAGAGUAUGCUUAAGGCCAAGGAUGAGUCCCUGAAGAGGCGCUUUUCUUUUUUCGUGCAAAAAGAGAAUACAAAGAACUUGAUGGAGAUCCUGACCAAGGUGGGAACGAUUCUCGAGAUUCUGCUAAGUAAAGAUAAUUUCGGGGAAUAUCAGAUAAGGGGUCUAAGCGGGGCUCCUGAAGAACCACAAUGUAUUGGAAUGGAUGAGCCUUUGAACAAGUUGAAGAUUGAGCUGCUCAAGGAUGGUGUAUCGGUCCUUUUGUUAACUGGUUUGGGUGGAUCAGGCAAAAGCACACUGGCUAAAAAACUCUGUUGGGAUCCACAAAUCAAAGGCAAGUUUGGGGGAAAUAUCUUCUUUGUCACCGUCUCAGAAACGCCAAACUUGAAGACCAUUGUACAGACACUAUUUGAACACUGUGGAUGUCGUGUGUCUGAGUUUCAAAGCGAUGAGGAUGCAACUAACCGAUUGGGACUUCUGCUGAGGCUUGUUACAAAAAAUCCAACAUUGCUGGUCUUGGAUGAUGUUUCAUCAGAAACCAUUGUUGAGAAGUUCAAAUUCAAGUUGUCAGAUUAUAAGAUUUUGGUGACUUCAAGGGUUGCAUUCCAAAGAUUUGGCACCCCAUGCCAGUUGGAUCCACUUGGUCAUGAUCAUGCAGUAUCCCUUUUCCAUCGCUUUGUUCCACGGAAUGACCACAGCUCAUACAUGCCUGAUGAAAAUCUUGUCCAUGAGAUAGUGAGAGGUUGUAAAGGUUCACCAUUGGCGGUUGAAGUCAUUGCUGGAUCACUCUGUCAGCAGCCUUUUGAGGUCUGGAAAGAUAUGAAGGAACGUUUACAAAAUCAAUCCAUUCUGGAGUCUGGUAGUACUGACUUAUAUUAUCGCCUUCAACAAAGUUUAGAUACAUUGAAGGAUAAGUUCUCCAUCAACGAGAAAGAGUGUUUCAUGGAUCUUGGGCUAUUUCCUGAAGAUCAAAGAAUUCCUGUUACAGCCCUUAUUGAUAUGUGGACAGAACUGCAUAACCUAGAUGAAGAUGGUUGGAAUGCAAUGACCAUUGUCCAUGAUUUAUCCACAAGGAAUUUGAUUAAGGUUAUAGUUACAAGGAAAGUUGCAAAGGACGAAGACAUGUACUACAAUAACCACUUUGUCAUGCUGCAUGAUCUCCUCAGAGAGCUAGCGAUCCAUCUAAACAAAAGGGAACCAUUUGAACAGAGAAAAAGGCUAAUUAUUGACUUAAAUGGAGAUAAUCGCCCUAAUUGGUGGGUGAGACAGAAUCAGCAAGGAAUCAUUGGCAGUGUGUUUUCAUUCAUGUCAAGAAUGUUGAUAAAACAGGAACGGCUAAAGGUUGCUGCCCGCAUAUUGUCUAUAUCAACUGAUGAAACUUUUAAUUCGGAUUGGUGUGACAUGCAACCUGAUGAAGCUGAAGCUCUGGUUUUAAAUAUUAGCUCUAGCCAGUACAACUUACCUGAGUUCAUAGAUAAAAUGAGUAAACUUAAAGUUCUGAUAGUCACAAAUUAUGGUUUCCAUCCUACAGAAUUGAACAAGUUUGAGCUACUUGGUUUUUUAUCUAACUUGAAAAGAAUCAGAUUGGAGAAGGUUUCAGUUCCUUGCCUGUGCAUAUUGGAGAAUCUGCGAAAAUUGUCCUUUCGUAUGUGUAAUACAAGGCAGGCUUUUGAAAGCCAUUCUAUCCAAAUUUCAGAUGCUAUGCCAAAGCUAGUGGAGAUGAGCAUUGAUUAUUGCAAUGAUCUUGUUAAAUUGCCUGAUGGGCUUUGUAACAUUAAACCAUUGAAGAAGCUUAGUAUCACUAAUUGUCACAAGCUUUCUGCACUGCCACAAGAAAUUGCAAAGCUUGAGAAUUUGGAAGUGCUAAGGCUUUGUUCCUGCUCUGAUUUGGUAGAGAUGCCAGGCUCUGUUGGAGGGCUUAAUAAGCUGUGCUGUUUUGACAUCUCAGACUGUGUAAACCUUAGCAAAUUACCAGAUGACAUAGGUGACUUGCAAAAGCUUGAGAAGCUCUACAUGAAGGGUUGCUCAAAACUGAAUGAAUUGCCAUACUCCAUCAUCAAAUUUGGACAUUUAAAGCAUAAAAUACAAGUGAUCUGUGACGAAGAAAUAAGGAAACAAUUCCCCAGCAUUCCCAAUUUAAUAAUUGAGAUGCCUAAAGUAGAUGUUAGCUUAGAUUGGCUUCAUGGAGUUUGUAGCUAAGACUUGUUUCCUGAAGGAGAUAAAGUGG